AUGGCUAUCCCUGAUAGCACAUAUGCCAAGGCAUCACCCACUGAUAUUUUUAGCCACAUUAAGACUCAUGAGAAGAUCAAGAUGGUAAACUGUUCCAGCAGCUUAGCAUGCCCUCACAACUUGACGGAGGAGAAGAUGGAAAGAGGUUUGGAGAAUCAUGGGAACCUGGAGCUUAUUUUCAUGGUGGUUUUGGCUGUAAUGAUGGCACUGGUGAUGUUUUCUCUGGGCUGUACUGUGGACAUCAAGAAGCUAUGGUUGCAUAUCAGGAGACCCUGGGGGAUUGCUGUGGGUCUACUCUGCCAGUAUGGGCUGAUGCCUUUCAUAGCCUACCUCUUGGCCACUAGCUUUUCUUUGCCACCAAUUCAAGCCAUUGCUGUUCUUAUCCUGGGGUGCAGCCCUGGAGGGACAAUAUCUAAUAUUUUCACCUACUGGGUUGAUGGAGAUAUGGACCUCAGCAUUUGUAUGACAACUUGUUCCACAGUAGUUGCCCUUGGAAUGAUGCCACUUUGCCUUUAUCUCUACACUCAGUCCUGGGAUUUUGAACAGAAUCUUACCGUGCCAUAUCAGACCAUAGGAAUUACUCUGUUAUGCUUAAUUGUACCUGUGGCUUUUGGCAUCUUUGUGAAUUUCAAGUGGCGGAAACAAUCUAAAAUCAUCCUAAGACUUGGGGCCGUUGUCGGGGUGGUCCUCUUAUUGGUCGUCACAGUAGCUGGUGUAGUAUUGGCUAAAGGAUCUUUGAAUUCAUCUAUUUCCCUUCUGGUGAUCAGUUUCGUGUUUCCAUUGAUUGGACACAUCGUUGGUUUCCUUUUGGCUCUUCUUACCCGUCACUCUUGGGAGAGGUGCAGGACUAUUUCCUUGGAAACAGGAGCUCAGAAUAUCCAAAUGUGUUCUACCAUGCUUCAGUUAUCUUUCAGUUCAGAACAUGUGGCCCAGAUAUUUAGCUUCCCUUUAAGCUAUGGAUUUUUCCAGUUGCUGGAUGGAUUGCUCAUUAUUUCAGUUUAUCAGGUGUACAAGAGACUAUUUAAGAGAAGGAAUGAAGAAAAGAACCUAAAUUGCAAUGAAGUCUCUGAACUGACAGAAAGCGAUGCCAAGCAUGAGACGACUUCCUUUCUGGAAAGGAAUGACCCCAUAGCUGCCAUGACAAUAGAUCUCAGUGAAGCAGUCCUUUCUUCAUCAAAACUCUAAUAACUGUUGGCUGGCAAGUCAAUUCAUCUGCUUCAGAUGCUGUAACUGUGUGGACAGAGACUAUUUAAUUAUUUCAAUGUGUCAGUUGUCAAUGUAUAU